AGCGCGAGCGCCUCGAUCAGUGCCCCGAAGGAAAAACAAAUCCCCCAACCCACACCGUCCGAUCCAUCGCCACGUCACCGAUCCGGACCGACGCGGAUCCGACGGCCCAGAUCGGCGUUGCAGAGCUACCCUGCUCGAGAACAAUCGAAGAAGCUCCUCCUCGCCCAGAAAAAUUUUUUCCCCAUUUUUUUUUGGCCAUUUUCUCGAGAUUUUCUGUUCGUUUUUGCCCGGAAUCGAGCCGAGGGAUCACCGGAAUCUCGCAUCGGCGAGCGGCGAGGUCGCGGUUGCGGCGAUGAAUUCCGACGAGGAGGAGGAGGAGAUCGAGUUCGAGGAGGACGAGAAAGUUAGGGUUGUGAAGGAGGACGGCGUCCCCCCCGCCGCCGUCGAGGAGGACGACGACGAGGAGGAUGGAGAGGAGGAGGAAGAGGACGGCGUGCAAAGCCAGGAGGAAGCGAACGGCGGAGAAGACGGGCGCGCCGUCGUGGACGACGAGGACGACGGCGAGGAGGACGAUGAGGAUGACGACGACGACGACGACGACGAGGACGAGGACGAGGACGACGACGAUGUGCAGGAGAUCGUGGACAUGAGGUCCGACGAGCCGGUGGUUGAGGUCCGAGAGGAUAACGAAGUCAUCGUGUUGAGGGAAGACGAUGAGGACGAAGACGAUGAGGAGGAGGAGGAAGAUGGGGUGCAGAGUCAGGAGGAAGAGAAUGGCGAUGAAGACGACGGCGAGGACGACGACGACGGAGAGGACGACGAGGAUGAUGACGACGAGGACGAGGCUGAUGUUGUGCAGGAGGUUCUGCAGUCGUCCCGCGGGCCUCCGCCUGUUUAUUCCGUGGACGACGACGACGAUGUCGAAGAGGAAGGCGAAGGCGACGUCAACGGCAACGGCAUCGGCAUCGGCAUCGGCAUCGGCAUCGGCAACGACGACGACGAUGACCAGGACGAGGAUGAGAGCGACGAUGAAGAGGCCGACGAGGAGGAGGAUAGUGGAGCACAGUAUGUGGUCAGGCCGCUCAGUCGCGCUGAGGACGAGGACGAAGAUAACAGCGACUACCUGGAGCAACAUGAGAACGGGUUGGAGCCAGAAGAAGACAUUGAGGAAGACGAUGAGGUCGAGGAUGAAGAGGAUGGAGUGGAAGAAGAGGAGGAGGUGGAUGAAGAUGGCGGUGGCAAGGUGGAGGAUCCGCCCACGAAGAGGAAGAGGGCAGAUAGAGACGAUGAGGAGGAGGAUGAUGAUGAUUCUGAGGACAGCGAUGUCGAUGAUGAGAGACCUCCCAAGAGAUGAGGGCCCUCGGCCCAGUUCCUGGCGAUGGUCUUUGAGUCCAUUAGGGAUUUGAUACACCUGUCUCCCUCUCUCUGUGGGGUUGAAUUGUGACAUUAUGCUGGUGCUAUAUAUAAUGUUUAGGGGUAGAUAAGAAAAACUAUUUUUUCCUUUAUCUUUUCUGUUUGCAUAGGUUAUGUGGGAAACAAGAUGUUGGUUUAGAUCUCUUUGUCAAAUUCGAUUGUAGAUGACAAGGUGUUGAAGAUUUCCAUUUUUGCAGUA